ACUCUCUCUGAAUGUUUAUCCUGUCGGGUCAGUGACGCUGCGCGCUCGAGUCCAUCACCUGUGAGAGUCAGCCAUGCCCACCAAAAAUGUCACCGACGAGCGGAUGGGAAAGUUCAAAAACAAGGGCAAGGAUCCAACUAAACUUCGAGAGAAGCGGAUCUCUGAGUGCGUGGAGCUGCGUAAAGCGCACAAAAAUGAAAACUUCAUGAAGAGAAGAAACGUGGCCCUGUCUUCUCUCCCGGACGAGGAAGCGCUCUCUCCUGACUACACCACCGACACGGUGACAGUUUUCUCCAUUGAGGACAUCAUUAGAAACGUGAACGAUGAGUGCAGAGAGGCCCAAACCAGAGGCUGCCAGGCUGCCAGGAAGCUGCUGUCUCAGGAGCGUAACCCUCCUCUGAAGGAGAUCAUAGACGCUGGUCUGCUGUCCCGCUUUGUGUCCUUCCUGGGUAUGGACGAUGAGCCCACGCUGCAGUUUGAAGCGGCCUGGGCUCUGACAAACAUUGCCUCUGGAACAUCCUGGCAUACUCAACAGGUGGUGGGAAGUGGAGCUGUGCCGGCGUUCAUCUCCUUGCUGGCCUCACCGAUGUUGCACAUCAGUGAACAGGCGGUCUGGGCUCUUGGAAACAUUGCAGGUGAUGGUUCAGCUUGUCGAGACAUCCUGAUUGAGUGUAAUGUUAUCCCAGCAUUACUGGCCCGGAUCUCCCCCGACACACCGGUUGGCUACCUGCGUAACCUCACAUGGACUUUAUCCAACUUGUGUCGGAAUAAGAACCCCUGUCCCCCCUUGUCUGCAGUCCAGCAGGUGCUUCCCUCUCUGAUCCAGCUUCUUCAUCUGAGUGAUAAAGACAUCCUGUCUGAUGCAUGCUGGGCAAUUUCCUACCUGUCAGACGGCGAGAACGAGCGUAUCGACAUCGUGGUGAAAACUGGAAUCAUCCCUCGGCUGGUGGAGCUCAUGGGCCACCGGGAGCUCAGUGUCAUGACUCCUGCACUCCGCUCCAUCGGGAACAUUGUGAGUGGUUCAGACGUGCAGACUCAGGUGGCGAUCGAUGCCGGCGUUUUAAAGGUCCUACCUGAGCUGAUGAGGCAUCAAAAGGCCAGUGUGCAGAAGGAGGCAGCAUGGGCGCUGUCCAACAUUGCUGCUGGUCCCUGUAAGCAAAUUCAGCAGCUCAUCACCUGUGGCCUCCUCCCUCCUCUCGUAGACCAGCUCAGGAAUGGAGACUUCAAGACUCAGAGGGAGGCUGUGUGGGCAGUGACAAACUUCACCAGCGGGGGCACUGUUGAGCAGGUGGUCCACCUGGUGCAGAGCGGAGCCCUGGAGGCGAUCAUCAACAUGCUGCAGGUCAAAGACGCCAAAGUCAUUCUGGUCAUACUGGAUGCGAUCAACAACAUCUUCUUGGCAGCAGAGAAGCUUGGUGAGAUGGAAAAACUGAGCCUGCUGGUUGAGGAGCUUGGAGGACUGGACCGUAUUGAGAUGCUGCAGAACCACGACAAUGAGAUGGUGUACCAGGCGGCGCAUACCCUCAUAGAGAAGUACUUCUGUGAUAGUGAGGUCGAGGAAGUCAAAGUCGACUCCACAGAAGACGCUUUUACAUUCAAGAGCCCCGACGUCCCGACAGCAUUCAACUUUUAAAACUUGUUUUUGUUUGAUUUAUUAAUGUAGAAAUAAAUAAAUACAUUUGAUACCUUA